AUGCCAGAACAUUUAUUAGAUCAUUCACAUUUAAAACCCGGUAAAGACGCCUCAUUAUUAACGUAUACACAAACCCUCAACAUGUACAAACAGAAUGUCUCCAAGACGAACAACCCUCAAAUGCAAGUUGACUUUGCGCUUUUUAUGGUUGAAGCUGCUAAUCAGUUGCCAGACGACGAUGCUAGUAAGAAGGGAUAUCUUUCAGAGGCAGAAAAACUAUUGAAACAAUUGGCUGCCAAAGGCCAUGCCGACGCACAAUACCAACUUGGAAAAUUAUAUACCGCUGGCCUUUUCAAUAAAAAAGGCAAACCUGAUUAUGAUCGAGCUUUCACACUUUUCGUUCAAGCAUCCAAGCAUUUCCAUACAGAUGCUUCUUUAAGAGCUGGAGAAUGUUAUGAGGAAGGACUUGGUUGCCGUCAAAAUGGAGAUAAGGCACAGUUGUUUUACAAAAAAGCAGCCUCGUUGGGUCAUCCUGCCGCAAUGAACAGAUUGGCAUUUGCAUAUAAGAAUGGUGAGUUAGGCGUAUCUAAAAACCCUAAAGAAGCCGUAAAGUGGCUAAGUCUAGCUGCUGAAGCAGCUACACCGGAGUAUCCUGAAGCAUUAUACGAACUCGCCAUGUUGCAUACCACUGGAUUUGAAAACGUAGUGUAUGUCGACAUAGAAUAUUCUGUACGGCUUUUGAAUCAAGCUGCUGAAAUGGGGCACGGUCCUGCUGCCUUUAAGCUGGGUGAAUGCUAUGAAUACGGCAAGCUCAAUUGUCAGCCUGAUCCUGCGCUUUCUAUUCACUAUUAUACCAUCGCCGCUGAAAAGGGAAAUAGAGAUGCUUGUUUUGCGCUGACAGCUUGGUAUUUGGUAGGAUCGCCAGGCGUCUUGCCACAAUCAGACGAAAAUGCAUAUACUUGGGCAAGGCGAGCAGCAGAAAUGGAUCUACCCAAGGCACAAUACGCUAUAGGUUACUUUACCGAAGCAGGGAUAGGUUGUGAAAAGAAUCCAACAGAGGCACAAAUGUGGUAUCAGAAAGCAGCUAAAAAUGGCGAUAAACGCGCUAUACAGAAACUGCAUGGAAAGGUAGUAACGCAAGAUAUAAAACCCACUGGUAAAAAGAGAUCUUCCUCACAAGAAGAUUGCGUGAUUAUGUAA